GGGUAUACAGGGUAUACAGGGUAUACAGGGUAUACAGGGUAUACAGGGUAUACAGGGUAUACACAGGGUAUACAGGGUAUACAGGUAUACAGGGUAUACAGGGUAUACAGGGUAUACAGGGUAUACAGGGUAUACAGGGUAUACAGGUAUACAGGGU